CUAGGGACACUGCAGCGUAACGAAAACUUUCAUCAACUCCAUCAACAUCAUCCUAAACCAUCUAGUCUCCCCCUCCCACUUGCGCUCCCUCAUGGCGUCAAACAAGGCCCGGACCUCUCCUAUAAGCUCCGCCAACACCUUAAAAUCAACCGCCAACUUCUCGGCAAGCGACAAAAUCAAUUCCCUCAAGAGCUCAUAAUCCACGUCCUCAUCAACAUCUCGUGGGACGAACCCCUUGCGCUUAGUCUCGAGCUCUGUGGUCGUAGUAAGUUCUUCUUUGAUGAUUUCUUGCAUUUCGGCCAGAUUUUGGAGGGUGCUUGGGAGAGGGGUAAGGCUGGCUUCGAGAUCGGGGGCUGCGUAUGGGGAUUUGUGGAGAGACAUUGUGAGUGCUGUUUGUGGGUUGGUGGCUGGGGGGAAGAUGGAUAUUUGCAUACAUUCUAUGAAGGGAGAAUUGCAGUUGAUUACCAUGAAGCUUCGGUAAGUUGCUGGCUUUCUCGUUCAAAAUGUUCUUUGCGGCUUGACCUGCAAGUUUCUCUGUCAGCUGCUGGUACAGUAUAG